GCCCGCUGCAUGGAGCGCAGCGGCAGCCAGCUGGACCUGGGCUUCUCGCAGCAGGCCACACCCCUUCUCAUCGUGGAGGACUCGCAGCCCGAGGCCGCCGUCUCGCUGGAGGACGAGGAGCAGGCCUGCCUCGGCGUGCUGGCCCGGCGGCUGCCGGCCCGGCAGAGCCCCAGCCCGGUGCUGGAAGUCGUCUGUGGUCCGGCCGGCAGACGGGCAUCCGCGGGUGGCGGGACGGCCCGGGAACGACUCGCAGAGCCAAUGGAGAGCCCUGCCCGCCCGGACGUCGCUGGCCCGCAGGACGUUGUCGCUGAGGAAGUCCAACCGCCCGGCGGGGAGAACAGUGCCCUUGGGAAGGCUGGAGAAAGAGGUGAAGGUGAUGCAGAGGACGGUGCUACAGAGGACGGUGCUACUUCGCCCUGUGUAGAAGACACAGGCAUGUCACAGCUGCAGUUUGGAGUUCUAGAGCUCUCACAGAGCCAGGACUUUGAGAGUGACUUCAUACCCAAUGAAGAAGAUGCUAGGCAUCAGUUUCACCCUGGAGCUGCUGUCCCUUCUUCCAAACUCGUGAAGAAGGAUACUGAAGAUGAACUACAUGGGGACAGCACAGAAGUACAUGCUGGUUUGGAAGGCCAGCCAGAGAACUCUGAAAGAACUCCGAAGGAAGCAGAUGAGCAUACCAAGAAACAAAUGCCCAUCUGUGACCCCACUAAAACUGAGAAAUCCCUUGAUUCUGGUCAUGAGGAGUUGGAUGUCUUGUCAAGUCAAGAAGAGAUGUUUCCUGAGAGUAAUGCAAUAGCCACUGCAGGGUGUGGAUCUCAGACCACCAGGGUGGAAGAGGAAAGUCCUCCAACAUGCACUCCUGCACAGAGCCUGCAACUGCUGCAGCUCUCUGGACAGGGAUCCCUUCAGCAGGAGAGUCAUCUCACAGUAUCUUCAGGCCUAGUUGUUCCUCCUCCUGUUGCCUUUGGAUCCAGUGCUCUUGUCCCCAGCAGUCCUACUGAACAGGAGCAAGCCAAAGAUGAACAGAUGGAUAUAUCUGCCCCUGCAGAAGGAAGAGAACUGAUGCAGAAGCAGAGAGGAAAUACACUGGAGGAGGUGUCCACCCAAUGUGUCCCCCCAGAAACUGUUUGUUUGCCACAGGCUUCAACUCCAGUGUCCCAGAGCGCUCCAAGCUUCUUUCCAGGAUCUUUAUCUAUACCAUCACAACCAGAGUUCUCUCAUGAUAUCUUUGUUCCAACUCAGAGCCCUGAGAAGAACCAUGAAGGAGAAGCGAAAGCUGCUGCUUUAACCCAUUUAUGCUUACCAGGAGAUACCUCUGGAUGCACAGAUGCUUUGUUAAAGAUGACUGCAGGUGACUCUGUGUCACAGCCUUCUGAGUCCUGUAAGCUGAUGCUUUCUGCAAGUCAGUGUAGCCAGCCCACAAAUACAGAAGUCAGUUCAGGCUCUCUGAGCAUGAACCAAGAUAAUAAAACCACACAGGUAGAGGUGAUUUCUGAAUGCAAAGCCUCGGACUUGGAACUCUGUUCUGUGGAGAAUGACACUGUAAAACUGAGGCUGGAUGCAAGUGACCAUGCCCUUUCUGAAAGCUGUGAAACGGUGAAAAAGGAGGAUUUGCUGCCUGCAGGAAAGCCUGCAAUGCAGUUAGUUACUGGGUGUGUAGCAGGAGAAGGGUCGUUGGAUCCCACAGGUAAGAAGGAGAUUAAAUGUGUUUCUGGAAGUCAGGCUGCUGCAGAUCAAUCUGCUCUGCCUGGGAUUUUGCCACAUGCUCAGGGUGGAGAAGCACAGUCUGAGGAUUCUCCUUUGGAAGAGACUUCUGAACCUGAGGCCAUUCCUGAGACUCAGUGUGAAGAAGAAGAAAAACUGCAAGUAAAUGAGAAGCAAAUAAUUGAAGACAGAGCCCUUGAUAAUACGACACUUUCUCAGAGAUUUACUCCUGAAAAAGAAGUUCAGUGUCAUGAAGAUAUGGAAGUGGAUGUUGUUGGUGAUUCGUGUGAAAAUAGCAAAAAUCUGUCUGAUCAGGCCCAAGGAUUAGAAGAGAUUGGACCAGAAAGCCAGGGAAAAGAAACUUCAGAAGAUACUUCUACUUUUGGCACCACAGAGGCAAAGAGCAUGGAUAAACUGCCCUUUAAGGCUGCGCUGGAGAACAUGCCGAAGCUCAAUAAAGUUUUAUCUAAGCUUUCCGUGGGGGAGCUGCCAGAACAGCACAACAACUUGUGUCCCAAGCUGAAGAGUGAUAUUUUAUCAGAAGCAGUGCUGUGUGCCAAGAAGCAGCCAGAUUGUUCAGAAUUAGGACAGACCAUGAUAAAAGGGAAUCAGCCACCACCUGAAGACAUGCCAGUGGCCCAGCAGAAGAAUCAAGUGCCGAAGAGCACGGAGGAUACUGUUGUUUCAAGGAAUCUGGAGCAUGAAGAGCAGAUGCAGUCACAGGAGAGGGCAACUGCUAAAUCCCCAAGCCCUUCCAGUGGAACCCCAUUUCAUUUUACUUUGCCAAAGGAGGGUGAUGUCAUUCAGCCCUUGACCAGCAUAACCCCACCUCUUACUGGGCAGCUUAAGAUGGGACCCAGAAGACACAGCACACCAAUUGUGGAUGACAGUUGCCCAGACAACACUAUAGCCACUAGUGAUGUUACAGCAGAAGGCACCAUGGGGACCAACAACGUCACUGUGGAAAGUGCAGUGGUAUCAGCAGAUGUGUCAGAAGUGUGUGAGAAAGGAGAUUCUCAUGUGGUUCCUGAGGCUGAUGCAAAACUCUCACUGAGGAUGAACCUUGUUACCCCUGUGAAUGAUGGGAGUGAGGAAUCCUUGCCCUUCAGCUUGGAAAAGCCUACAGGCAGUGACAGGAAGGAUGGAUUCUCUGCUGCUGAUGGGGCUACUGCCAGCUCCCAGAAAGCAUCAUCCGUGUUUAGUCGUGUCUGUGAAGUUCGUCGAGAAGAUGAGGCCAGAGGUCAUGGUCUUUCCACUUCUCCAUUUAGGGGGAAUCUGUUCAGUUUCCCUGCCACACAAGAAGAUGAAUUACGUGCAAAAACCAGUGACUGGCAGCACCAACAACACAAGGCAGACGACAGUGGUGAACGGGUCCUAAUUCCUCAGAGAAUGCAUCAGGACUGCCAUCAAAAACCUUCUGGUGCUGAGGAUGGGGAGUCUAUGGAGACUGGUAUUGAUAGCACUGAGACAGAAGAAGGGAGAAUGCAGAAGAAACCAAGCAAGGCUGUUGAAAUUGAUGAAAGCCAGGAGAGGUGGGCAAGCACCAGGAAUAAAGGGACUCAGACUGCAGUCGGUUGUCUUUUUACCCCAGCAUCUGUGACAACAGCAACACAAACAUCAGAAGAAAUCUGUAGUCAGGUGGAAGUAGGAACCAGUAUGUCUGGGCAAAGACCUGGGCGACAAGAUGCAAAUGUCCAAACUGAGGAGAGUGGGGGAAAGCUCAUGAAUGCCUCUGGAGAGGACACAGACUCUCUGCACAGUCAGGGAGAGGAGGAGUUUAACCUUCUUCACCCACCCAAAGGCCCAGUUCAGCGCCGCCAUGUACGAACCAUUCGAGAGGUGCGCACUGUUGUCACUCGUGUGAUAACAGAUGUCUACUACAUCAAUGGUGUAGAGGUGGAACGAAAGGUAGUUGAGGAAAAUGAGGAGCCUGUGGUGGAGUGCCAGGAGUGUGAAACUGACACAUCUUCCUCUAGAAAUGCAGUGGGAUCGUUGCUGACCUCAGGGGACCUUGCUGAUGUCAGCUCCUUCUCAUCUAAGGCCUCAAGCCUCCACCGUACAUCCAGUGGAACUAGCAGUGGUCACUCUGCCGCCCAUAGCAGCAGCUCAGGGCGAGGGAGUGGAGCUGUCAAAGGGAGAGUGUGUGGGACAGAAACUGGAGCGUUUGCUUUACCCGUUGGCAGAGGUGUCCUGGGAAAAUUAAGCCCUAGGAAAGGAGCUGGUCAGCCAGCAUCUCCGCUCAGAGUUAGCCAGGCAGGAGCACUGCCUUGUGAGGAAGAAGAGGACUCCAUACCUGGCACUCGUCAGGGUGGCAGAGCACCUGGGACACCUCGUGGGCGGGGAAGAAGAGGCCGCCCACCAUCUCGAGCAACAGGCACAAGAGAUUCAGCUGGACUGCCAGGUGUAGAGGAUCUCUCAACUACGGCAUCACCUGAGGAGAAAUCAUUUACUCGUUCAGUUCGCCUGCCAGAUGGAGGGGAGAAAUCUGACACUUCUGGCUUCUGUGCCUUACGUCGAAGUGACUCUCCAGAAAUACCAUUACAAGUGGUGACAGGGCACAUGGACUGUACAGACUCAUCCUCUGGGAGCAGCUUUGUGGGCCUCAGGGUUGUAGCAAAGUGGUCCUCAAAUGGGUACUUCUAUUCUGGGAUGAUUACCCAGGAUGUUGGGGCAGGAAAAUACAAGCUGCUGUUUGAUGAUGGAUAUGAAUGUGAUGUGCUAGGAAAAGACAUUUUGCUCUGUGAUCCUAUCCCACUGGAGACUGAGGUGACUGCACUCUCAGAGGACGAGUACUUCAGUGCAGGCGUGGUGAAGGGACAUCGGAAAGAGUCUGGAGAGCUGUACUAUUGCAUUGAAAAGGAGGGCCAGAGGAAGUGGUACAAACGAAUGGCUGUGAUUCUGUCUCUGGAACAAGGAAAUAAGCUCCGGGAGCAGUUUGGGCUAGGCCCUUACGAACCUGUCACCCCCCUGACCAAAGCCGCUGACAUCAGUCUUGAUAACCUUGUGGAGGGGAAGCGUAAGCGACGUAGUAACCUUGGCUCUCCCAGCACUUCCAGCAGCAGCACAACUCCCACUCGCAGAGGACAGGAGAGCCCACGUGUCCCACCAGGCACACUGUCUGGGAAGAGGAAACUUGUUGCUUCUGAGGACGAGAGAUCCCCUGCUAAACGUGGCCGCAAGUCCACCCUGAUGAAGCCUGGAGCUGUCAGAGCUGGAGAGUUUGUAAGCACCUGUGAAGGUGUAGAUGCUGCAGAUCCCUCAGUACCAGAGGACCAUCUUGGACCUUUGCCCCACAAUAAGACCCUGUUUUUGGGCUAUGCCUUUCUCCUCACCAUGGCAACCCCCAGUGACAAACUGGUCAAUCACCAGAAGCCAUCAGAUGGUCCUACAGGGAGUAGUGAGGAGGAAGAAGAAUUUUUAGAGAUCACUCCAUAUGACAAACACCACAUAGCACAGCAGCUGCGAGCAGGAGCUGGCUAUGUCCUGGAGGACUUCAAUGAAACCCAGUGUAAUGCAGCCUACCAGUGUCUGCUAAUCGCGGACCAGCAUUGCCGGACCCGGAAAUACUUGCUGUGCCUUGCCAGGGGCAUCCCCUGUGUGUCCCACAUCUGGGUCCAUGACAGCUGCCACGCCAACCAGCUCCAGAAUUACCGGAAUUACCUUCUGCCAGCUGGUUAUAGCCUCCAGGAGCAGAAACUGCUAGAAUGGCACCCACGACAAAAUCCAUUCCAGAACCUGAAGGUUCUCCUGGUCUCAGACCAGCAGCAAAACUUCCUGGAUCUGUGGUCUGAAAUCCUCAUGACAGGGGGAGCAGCAUCUGUAAAGCAACAUUACUCACAUGCUCACAAGAAAGAUCUCGCUCUGGGUCUUUACGAUGUGGUGGUGACUGACUUUUCCUGCCCAGUUGGUGUCUUGAAGUGUGCAGAAGCUUUACAGCUGCCUGUUGUCUCACAAGAGUGGGUGAUCCAGAGCCUUAUCGCUGGGGAGAGAGUAGGCUACAACAAGCACCCAAAGUACAAACAUGACUAUGUCCCCCACUAAAGCAAACCUUUGCCCCGCUGUCUCCAUGUUGUGCAGGCUGUGUUUUAAUCACGUUUUAAAUGUUUGUGUAAUUGGACAGUGUGCAUGGAUUAUUGUAUAUAGUUUUAUCUGCUGGACUUUUAUGAUGAAAUAAAUGUUCAAUCUCUUGUGGUA